CUCUACCCCUUGUUUCUCUUCCACCUUAAAACCACCUCUCUCACCAUCCCUCCCUCUCUCAAACAGAAAAUAGAAAAAUGUCAGCCAGAUUCCUUAUUGCAACGCAAAUCCCAAGCUAUGCCGGGCUCAGGCCUGAACCAUCCCACAAGCUAAGCUCUGCAAAAGCUAGUGUUCAGUGGCAAGCAAGAAGAAGAGUCUCCAAUGGCUCAAGAGUUCAUUGCAUGAAGACAUGGGAUCCCAUAAACAACAAAAGGUAUGAGGUAUUAUCCUAUUUACCUCCCCUCUCAGCUGAAUCAAUUGCAAAGGAAGUUGAUUAUAUGAUCUCAAAGGGAUGGAUUCCUUGCUUGGAAUUCGAUGAGGUUGGGAAAAUACAUAGAAGCAACUCUAACGUCCCAGGCUACUAUGACGGCAGGUAUUGGACACUGUGGAAGUUGCCUAUGUUUGGGUGCACUGAUUCCUCUCAAGUGCUACAUGAGAUUGAUGAGUGUAGAAAGGCAUAUCCUGAUGCAUACAUACGUCUUCUUUCCUUUGACAAUGUGCGGCAGUGUCAGUGCAUGUCCUUUGUUAUCCAGAAGCCUACCUAAGCCUGAUCUUGUCUUCUUAAGGCUAGAUUUUCUCUUUACAAGGUCUAGGAUAAGUUCAAUGUGAAAGCUGCUGUGUUGUUUCGCUAUGUACUUUGCUUUGCUAGUUUCAUAACUAAAUAAACUUCGGCAAUAUCCAGUGCAUUAUGGUGUGUAAA